AAUAGGCGACCCUGAAGAGGAAGAGGAGGCGGAACGGCACUCAGGCCAUCAAAACAAAGGGAGUCUUGGCUGCGAAUCCACGAUUCUUGUCUCACCGCAUAUGGCCCCCGAUAUCUCACUGAACUGUUGGCUUCAGGCUCUUCCAGCUGACUGCUUUGCUCGGCCAUUCCAGUCGCGCCAGCUGGCCCUCUGUCUACGUCGGCUGCAGCGCCCUGGCCUCGAGCCCAGCCUCUGGCCCGAUCAAAUUCUCGCUGAACCACUAAUUCGGCCGCUUAUUUUUCCGUAUACACACCUUCCUGCUUUGACAACAGCUCACAACGCGACCAUGGCGGGAUGUUGUGGGCCAGGUCUGAUGACGCGCUCAGGUCGACGAAUAGGAGUGGCAGGAGCUGGGCUUUUGGCCAGAAGCUUACUUCCAGCUUACGAGGUAAGUUUUGAAUGGGACAAAAAUUUACUUCAUUAUUUUUUAAAAUUACAAAUCUGCUGGUUAUUUGCGAUCCACAUCGCCUUCAAAUAA